CACUCUAUUUUUCAACCCUUCGUUAUAACCCAUAACCGAAACCAAAACUCACCUAAAAACCUUCUCCUUCGUGAGAGGAAUCCAACGGUAGAAGAAUCGUAGAAAACGGUCGUGAAACGAGAGAGAUAUCGCUCGCCGGAGUUGCAAGUUGUGGAAGCGGGUCUUUAUAAAAAGCAGAUAUUUUGCCGUAGAUAGGGGUGGAGGAGCUUCGUCUCGCCGCAAGGAUCAUUUUGCAAAUUGAAUCGUCGAAAUCCGUUAUCUGUGAAUAUUUAGAGACCGGAACUGAAGAAGAGAAUUAGGAGCAUCGGGAUUUAAGGAGGUGAUCAUGUUGAUUUUGAUGCUGCAAAUUUUGAGAGCGCGAAUUAGAAGACAACUAUGCCUUCAGGGACUUUGUGAGUAUGUCCGGAGGGUUGAGCAUAUGAUGGAGGCCAGGGGUGCCGUUGAGGAGGAAGCUGCUAGCCUCAGAAAGAAGCUGACUGAAGUCGAGGACUCCCUUCGCCUGGCCACCGAAAGCAUGGAAGAGCGAGUGCGGGCUGCGAAGGCCGAAGGCAAGAGCGAGGGCCUGGCUGAGGCCGGGGAAGCAGCCGCCGAAGCCGCCCGUGUUGCCGCCGAGGAGGCUGAGAGGGCAAAGGCCGAGGAGGUGGCCAAGGCUGGGAAAGCUGCUGUGGAGGCAUUCAUGACCGGGGGCUGAAUGACCGAGGACAAAGAAGACUGGGUGUCCUCGGUUGUGGAGAAGAAGGUAGAUGCCUGGGUCGGAGGUCCCGGCAAGACGUGGCUAGCGGAGAGGGGAGACUCUUACUACCAGAGCAGGGGGUUCUUUACUCAACGCCUCAUUUACCGGAAGCUGGCCCACCACUUCAAUGUAUCCCCGAUGGACUUCAAGCCGGAGGCCUAUGGCCUUCCCCCUCGGCAGCCAGACAUCAAGCCCCCCUCCCCGAAGGCGAAGAGAGGCCGGUGCUAGAAGAUUCUGAGACCUUGAGGGAGUGUGGCCUCGGUGGUGACGAAGAUGAUGCUGAGGGCGGCGCCACUUCCAAAGCAGCUGAUGAAGGAACCGCUUAGUAAUUUGUACUUGUAAUAUUUUUGAAUUUGUAAAAACAUUCUGUAGCUUUCGUCCGAUGUGACAAACACUUAACAUUGUCCUCCUUUUCUUCUAUAUAUGAUUCCCUCGGGCCUUGUGAUG